AGGGCGCCGCCGAGCCCCGGCCCCGGCCCAGGCCCGACCCGGACGCCGGCGGCGAGGGUGCAGUCAUGGCCACCCAGGUGAUGGGGCAGUCUUCUGGAGGAGGAGGUUUAUUCAGCAACAGCGGCAACAUGGGCAUGGCCUUGCCCAACGACAUGUAUGACUUGCAUGAGCUGUCCAAAGCCGAACUGGCUGCACCUCAGCUCAUCAUGUUAGCAAAUGUGGCCUUGACGGGGGAAGUCAGUGGCAGCUGCUGUGACUACCUGGUUGGGGAAGAAAGGCAGAUGGCAGAAUUGAUGCCCGUGGGAGACAGCAACUUCUCUGACAGUGAAGGGGAAGGACUUGAAGAGUCUGCUGAGCUAAAAGGCGACCCCAGUGGGCUGGUACACAUGGAGCUGAGAAGCUUGGAGCUAAACACCGUGGAACCACAGCCUGUAUUCGAACCAUCUGCGGCCCCAGAAACAUACAACUCGAAUAAAGAUCUCCCCCCUGAGACGCUUGGGACCGAGGACAAAUGCAAGAACUUGAAGGCCAAACCCUUUCGCUGCAAGCCCUGCCAGUAUGAGGCAGAGUCGGAAGAGCAGUUCGUACAUCACAUCAGGGUUCACAGCGCCAAAAAGUUCUUUGUGGAAGAAAGUGCGGAGAAACAGGCCAAAGCCAGGGAGUCUGGCUCUUGUACGGCCGAGGAGGGGGAUUUCUCCAAGGGCCCCAUCCGCUGUGAUCGCUGUGGCUACAAUACCAACCGGUAUGAUCACUACACUGCUCACCUCAAGCAUCAUACCAGAGCCGGGGAUAAUGAGCGAGUCUACAAGUGUAUCAUUUGCACAUACACAACAGUGAGCGAGUACCACUGGAGGAAACACUUGAGGAACCAUUUUCCUAGAAAAGUCUACACAUGUAGCAAAUGCAACUAUUUUUCAGACAGAAAAAAUAAUUAUGUCCAGCAUGUUCGAACUCAUACAGGAGAACGCCCUUAUAAAUGUGAACUUUGUCCUUACUCAAGUUCUCAGAAGACUCAUCUAACUCGACACAUGCGUACUCAUUCAGGUGAGAAGCCAUUUAAAUGUGAUCAGUGCAGUUAUGUGGCUUCAAACCAGCACGAAGUGACCCGACAUGCAAGACAGGUUCACAACGGGCCUAAACCUCUUAAUUGCCCUCACUGUGACUACAAAACGGCAGAUAGAAGCAACUUCAAAAAGCACGUAGAGCUGCACGUUAACCCACGGCAGUUCAACUGCCCCGUGUGUGACUAUGCAGCCUCCAAGAAGUGUAAUCUCCAGUAUCAUUUCAAAUCCAAGCACCCUACGUGUCCUAGUAAGAUGAUGGAUGUCUCCAAAGUGAAGCUAAAGAAAAUCAAGAAGAGAGAGGCUGACUCGCAUAGUAACAGCACCAGUGAAAAGACAGAGACCGAGCAAACAAAAACAAAGGGAGAGCUGUCUGCCAAGAAAAACGAGAAGCCUGUGAAAGCAGAGAAAAAGGAUGUUUCAAAAGAGAAGAAGUCUUGUGGCAAUGUCUCAGUGGGCCAGGUAACUACCAGAACUCGGAAGUCAGCGACAGAGACUCAGGCAGCAGAGCCAAAACCCACCGAUGUGCAAACAGGAAACAACAAAGAAAAAGUCAGUAAAGCCAAGAAAAACAAAAGAAAGGUGGAUGCUGAAGCCCACCCCUCAGAUGAGCCUGUGAAUGAGGAACCAGUGACAAAAAAGAAAAGAAAGAUUGCAGAAAGCAAGCCCCAAAAUAGUACCGAGGUGCCAAAAGAUGACAGCAAGACGGAGGGGACGAAGCGGGGCAGUAAAAAGCAAGGUGCAAAGAAGAAAGCUCCGAAAGGUAAAUCAAGUAAGAAAGGCAGCAGAGCUGCUCAGGAGACGCAGAAGGACACUGCUCCGGCAGAGCCUCCUUCCACGGAGGGGGAGGUCUCUUCUGUUCCUGCGCUCACUCAGGGGGUGGUGACCCCUACAGGUUCUUCUCAGCCCGGGCUUCCUUCACCCAUGGAUAUUGCUCAGACAGGGCCUGCUCAGAGGGAGCCGCCUCUGCCCGUGGAGCUUCCUCAGAGGGAGCUGCCUUCGCCCCUGGAUCUUCCUCAGAGUGAGCCUCCUCCUCCUCCCCUGGAUCUUCCUCAGAGGGAGCCUCCUCCUCCCAUGGAUCUUCCUCAGAGGGAGCCUCCUCCUCCCAUGGAUCUUCCUCAGAGGGAGCCUCCUCCUCCUCCCAUGGAUCUUCCUCAGAGGGAGCCGCCUCCUCCCAUGGAGUCUCCAAAGAUGGAGCCGCCUCCUCCCAUGGAGUCUCAGCGGGGACAUUGUCAGCAGAAGCUGCUUUGUUCUUUGGACCAUGCUCAGGUGGAAGUUGCUCAGACAGGGCCUCCUCACAUGGGACCUGUUCAGAGGGAGCUUCCUGCUGUCAUGGAGCCACCUCUUCAAGUCAAACCAGUCACCAAAAGGUCAUCUCCCCGAAAAGAGAGUACAAAGGAGAAGUUGAGCACGCAGAGUGAGGUGGUGCGGCAGGAGCAAGUCCUUAUUGGAGUUGGCUUAGUGCCUGUUAGAGAUGGCCAGCUUUUGAACGGAAGCCAGAGUGCACAGGAUCUUCCAGCCCCAUCAUCAGCAUUGCCAAAGGGAAACUCCAGAAGAGACAAGACACCCAAGGACCAAGAAAUUGGCUCUGAUGGGGAAGGAAAUAAAAUAGCCCCUCUCAAGAAAGUAGGAACAGAGGGAGCUGGUGAGAGUCUAGCUACGCUUCCUGCUCCCAAGGAAUCUACUAGUGUCUUAUCCUCGGAACAGAACUCAAAUGUGUCAGAUGGUGAAACAUUACAUGCUCAGUGUCAGACUGAUUCAGCUGGGGUUUGUGAGAUGGAAGUGGACACAGAGCAGAACACAGACAGUGUCCCUGUGAAAGCCUCAGCAGCUGAACCGGUGGCACCAUUGCCUCCUGUUCCAUCACCAACUGUAACGGCCUCGCCUCCUCUCACUUUGCCUGAAAACGAGUCUCCGGAAAUUGAUGAAGAUGAAGGCAUCCAUAGCCACGAUGGAAGUGACCUGAGUGAUAAUAUGUCAGAGGGCAGUGAUGAUUCUGGACUGCAUGGGGCUCGGCCAAUGCCACAAGAAGCAAGUUCAAAAAGUGGAAAGGAGGGGUUGGCAGUUAAAAUAACUGAGGGGGGAGAGUUUGUUUGUAUUUUCUGUGAUCGGUCUUUCGGAAAGGAAAAGGAUUACAGCAAGCACCUCAAUCGCCAUUUGGUUAACGUCUACUUCCUUGAAAAAGCAGCUGAGGGGCAGGAGUAGUGAGCCGGUGGGGUGCUGUUCACCAUAGUUUGUUUGUAAGCAUGCCUCACUUUUAGUUUAAGGCAGUAGACGCACACAAGCCUGCUUUAAUUAGUGUCCAGUGCUGAUUUUUAAGUGACAUUGUUUUCUUAGGAUUGUAUAUCUUACCUAGUGACUUGCAAAAUUCUUAGCAAAUCCUAGGGAGUUAAUGUAAGAAAACAGACACUUAAAUCUGUUUUCUUGUGCAGUGAAAAGAGAAAGGCAAGGUGGUAGAUGACGUUCUCUGGAUGUCUGCCUGCAGCCUGUCAGUUUUUCUGUCCUUUUCACUUUAGUUUCUAUUUUUAGUUCCUUGUUUAGGUUGAUAAAAAUUGGCGUAGCAAAUUACUUGAAGAAUUUGCCUGCUUUAUAUAAGUAAAGUUAGCACUUUAAGGUUUCUUUAGAGAUGAGAAAAGACAUUUAAAUUGAAGAAAAAUUCUUUCAACAGUGGACAUUGUAUCUGUCCAGGUAAUUGCUUCCUGACUUAUGGUCAAUAUUUUGUGCUUCUAUGUUAAUCAUUAUAAAAAGUGAUUUUUGGUGUUUUUUUUUAAUUUUUUUUUUAUUUUGGUGCUUUACUGGCUUAAGAUGUUGCACAUGGUUUUUGUUUUUGUUUUUUAACCUAUGCAGUUAAUUCCCCCCCUAGAAAUAGCAUUGUGUUUAAUAGUAACACUUUAUACAUAUAUGCAUGUUAUUUUUUUUCUUUUUGGGGGGUACUUUUAGGCUUGUUUGCAAAAGGGCCGUUUUUCUUUGCUGCAAUUGUCUUUUUUUGCAGAACAAUAGUGUGCAAGUUUAUGAGCAAUGGAACAUGCAGGUUCAAUCCAUUGUCUUUUAUUUUUAUUUUUAUUUUUUUAAUUUUCACCUCUUAUCUAUACCAGAAGCAGUUUCAUGUAAGUUAUUUUGAAUGGCGAGCAUAUGUGUAAUUCCACAGCUCUCCAGGUCUGGUUUUUGCAGUAAGCCAAUAGAUCCCAUACUGAACAAAAUUUAAUCUCAGAUAUCAGCCAUUAGAGUUUGUUAUUUUGCUGUUUCUAGCUUAUUUCUUAGAGAGUGAGAAGUCAUUCUUUGAAGAGUUUCUUUUUUCAAUAGAUGGUUAAUGUUGGGAUGGUUACUCAAAUCAAGUGAUGAGUGACUGACUAACUCCAAGUCAUCCUUGGAAACAGCAAAUCUGUAGCCCAACGUAAUUAUCCUUUAAACUAGAGAAUAUCAAUUGUGAGAAAGCCAUCAUGGCCACAUGGCUAAUCUAGAGUGGAGUGCUGAGUUCUGGUAACAGCCACAUCUUUCUUCCAAUGAGUACCUGAACAGGGCUCAUGUGCAUUACGUGCAGUCCAGAUUUCAAGAAUUGUACUUUCUCAGGGAUCUCCACAAACUAGUGGGUGUCCUCGCUGCCCCUGUGAGACAGCCUCUGUACGGGAGAGGCUGCAAGUGACUUGUGUUCCUGUGUGAGAAACCGCAUGCUCCAGAACCAGCUCUCUGUGUCCUUUGGCCAACACCGGAGUGUGAAAUAGUCCAACGUGGGAUUUCUCUUGCUGGUAGUAAACAAAGUAUGAUCCCAAUCGGGAAUUGUGACGUUGUGAUGGUCAUGUUCAUUUAUUUUCUUUUACCUGGCGAUCUCUGAGCAGGCUUCAGAUUUUGACAGUUGACGAAAGAUCCGACAAGCAUUAAUGUGUGGGUGAAAAGCUUGCUGAAAUUCUGAGUGAAGUUUUAGUUAAAGUUGGUUGAACUUGGGAUUGACUGGGAGGCCAAAGAUUUAAAAAGCAGAAGAUUCUCUCAAGACACAAGUUGUGUGAUGAUAGUGUGUUUUGUGUGUGUGUGAAUGAGAAUUUGUAAAUGUUGAAUUCUAGGCUCCGACAAUCAUUGUCAGUGCAGAUCAAGCUGCAAGUAUUUAUGUUUUAAAACUUAAAUUAUAAAGCUAGUUACGUCUUUCUAACAACUAGUUUUAAUGUUCAUGAGCAUAUUUUACCUACAUUACCUUGCCAAGAUGUUGAGAAAGACGCAUCACAAGCACAGGCUGGAGGCUGGGGGCUAGCUGGUUUUGAGGAAGAGGACUUUGUGGACUCUUUCACAGAGCAGAGGAAAGCAAUGCCUUCUGGGAAUUGAGCUAAGUUUUAAUCUAGUCUUUAAGAUUAGAAGUAAAAAACAAAAAUAUAAAGGAAAUUAAAACCUACUUGAUCUUUGAAGCAUUGUUACAUGGAAUUGAGUGGGACUUUUGAGGCCUUUCUUCCAGAAAACAAGGACUUGGUUGUUAGGCCUAUAUUAGGCCUAAACCUUUGGUGGCUUGUAUUUGUACUUAAAUCAUUGCAAUGGAAAGUGUCUUAGUGGUUGGGACUUCUAGUGCAGUCAGGAGUUCUUCCAUUUGAAAAAUGUGAUAUUUGCAUGGGAUUGUUUGGGUCUUGUUUUCUAGUACCUCCCCAUCACCACCCUCAUAGUCGGAAGGUAGAUUUUUCUCCUGAUAAAGGAUCAAAAAAAGUGAACAUCUUGUUUGUAAAUUGGUAUCUAGUAACUAGUGGUAAACUUGAAAUGGUAGCAUUCUUUAAAGCCUAGUUCUAGGUAGCCUUAGGAAAAUGUAUCUUAAAUGUUUUUGAACCUGUAUUCACCUUGUUUUUUUCAAAUAUCUUAAGUUAUAUUUUCUUUUUCAGAGCUGCUUCUUAUUUGGGGCUACUUUUUAAAUUGAGGCGUAAUUCAUAGAAGGGUACAUUGUUUUGAUGAGACUUUUUACAACUGUGGCUGGAUGUCUUUCUCUAGUCUGAUGUCUUUCUCUAGUCUUCCAAGAAGGGCCAUGUUACUUUUUUAGAGUUACUUUUUAAAGUCAUGAGGUCAACAACUUGGACUAGCAUGCAUGUAAGUGCUAAUGCAAAUUCAAGCCCAAGUUGACCUUGAGCAGUUCAUUCUAUGUUGACAGUGAAAGAACACUUUGCCUGUUAGUAUACUGUUACUCGUAGACUGAAAUGCUGAAGAAACCCCUCCCCCAUUUUUGCUUUUGCAAAAAUCAAGGUAUAUUCUAGGGUUUCCUGGUUGACCUCACCAGAUAAACUGAGCUGAUAGUCUUAGUUCAGAAUGAUCUGAAUGUAGAUUUACAGCGUACAGCUAGCUAAGUGAGAUAGCUUUUACAGUUCUGCAUGUAUCCCAUAGGCUCCCCAUUGGUUACUGAACUCUUAAAACUGGUAUUGUAACAUUACCACCAUGUUUUGCGCCAAUUUUAUAAACUUUACAGUGCAAUAUGUGUUCCUUUCUGAGGCAAACCAAAGGUGUAUUUCUCAAGGUUCUGCUGCUGCAGCAGCAUUGAUGGAGGAUCUUUUAUACAUUUGUAAUAGAUAGAAAUAAACCAGAUUGCAGUUUUUGUUUUUCUUUUUUUUGAAAAUUUAAACCAUGUACCAAGUUUCUGGUCAAGAUUGUGUAGGAUAAGUUAAGCAUAAUUGCAUUCUAUUAACCAAUAUGAGUGUAUUUCUUAUGCAUAUAGUUACAUUGAAAUAAAGUUCUA